GUUGAAACUGAAAAUCGAAGAUGGCGGUGACAACAUCAAAUCCCGGAAGACAUCAAGAAUGGAAACGUCAGGUGAUGGUUGGAGACCUCUCUCCUGACUUCCUACGAGUUGCCCCAGACCAGCUUCAGCAGCAGAUCCUAUAUGAUGCACAGACUGCCCAGAUUCUGCAGGCGCAGCAAUCGGGUUUCAGCGGAUUCUCGCCAGGAAAUAUUGCUGGAAGACUCAGUAUAACAGUCGCGCAGGGAAAACUGGCGAAAAAUUAUGGUAUCACAAAGAUGGAUACUUACUGCCGAAUUCGUAUCGGUCACUCAGUCCUAGAAACUCCCACAGCCUCGAAUGGUGCCAAAACUCCAAGAUGGAACAAGGUCAUUCAUUGUUAUCUCCCAAUCGGUGUGGACUCAUUCCAUCUGGAGAUUUAUGAUGAGAAAUUCCUGUCAAUGGAUGACCGUAUUGCAUGGGCCCACAUCCCCCUCCCAGAGACAGUGCUGAGUGGAGAGACAGUGGAUGACUGGUACACACUGAGUGGUAAACAGGGCGAGGACAAGGAGGGAAUGAUCAACCUUGUGCUAUCAUUCCAGCCAACCCCUCAGCAACAACAACAACAACAACCUGUACUAUAUCCUGCUGGGCAACCAGUCGUCAUGGUACCCCAAGCACAGCCUGUUUUUUAUCCAGUUUCCGGUUGUGCUCGACGUUAUGUUGUUCCCACACCUUUACCGGGCCCUGUUCCCGCUACAUUACCGGUCACAUCCCCGCACCAUGACGCCGGUACCCGCCGCAAUCAGAACAUUCUCCAACAAGUGCCAACAGGAGGGGUUGGUAAUCCUGGUGUGGUUUAUGGUACCAUGCCUCACCCUCCACAGUAUACAGCUGUCCAACCACAAGGUGGGGCUCCAGUCUACACCACCGGUCAAAACCCACCUCAGCAGCAGCAGCAGCCCGUGCAGCAAGGCCCCAUGUACACGGAGGAAGACGUUAAGCAAAUCAAGGAAAUGUUCCCCGACGUUGAGGAAGAGGUGAUCAAAUCAAUCUUGGAAAGUCAUCGGGGGAAUAAGGAUGCGACGAUCAAUGACUUACUCUCCAUGUAGACACUUGCUUUGACUUUGGCACUUUUCUCAUCUUGUUGCAAUGGGAAACAUGUGCAAAUGGUUGAUAGAUGGCGCUGUCUAUCAACUAGAGAAAAAAAACACUUUGAAAACUGCAAGUAAGACAUCAGGCUUGUAACGUCGGAAAGGACUGUGACUUCGCUUGAAACACACCAUUCAGAAUGCAUCAGUUUUGAGAAAAGGCACUUGCCAGACAUUUCUGACAGAAUGUUAAUAAGUUACUAUACCAAUUUCAAGUAGGUUAUAUCAAUUGUUGAAACAUUCCGCAGUAUUAACCCACCACAUGCCAGGGCCAGAGAAAAGUUUAUGUAACAAAAUGCUAUUAAUCAUGUUGCUUCUGAGAUCUUAAAUAAUUCAUCUGAUUUUGAAAAGUUUAGAGAUCUAAUGUUUCUUUUGACACAAUCAUGAAAAUGUUUACCUACGUCAGUUUCAGAUGGCCACACCAACUUUCCUCAGAGUUUCUGAGUCAGACCACUACGUCAAAUUUGAAAAGCUGAAAAUUCUCUGAAAAGAUGUUGUCAUUUUUUAGUUUGUAGCAAUGCCUGUAAGCUUACAUGAAGUAUGUGGUUUAUUGUGGCAAUGCAUGUAAGCUUACAUGAAGUAUGUGGUUUAUUGUGGCAAUGCAUGUAAGCUUACAUGAAGUAUGUGGUUUAUUGUGGCAAUGCAUGUAAGCUUACAUGAAGGAUGUGGUUUAUUGUGGCGAUGCCUGUAAGCUUACAUGAAGUAUGUGGUUUAUUGUAGCAAUGCAUGUAAGCUUACAUGAAGGAUGUGGUUUAUUGUAGCAAUGCAUGUAAGCUUACAUGAAGUAUGUGGUUUAUUGUAGCAAUGCAUGUAAGCUUACAUGAAGGAUGUGGUUUAUUGUGGCAAUGCAUGUAAGCUUACAUGAAGUAUGUGGUUUAUUGUGGCAAUGCAUGUAAGCUUACAUGAAGUUUGUGGUUUAUUGUGGCAAUGCAUGUAAGCUUACAUGAAGGAUGUGGUUUAUUGUGGCGAUGCCUGUAAGCUUACAUGAAGUAUGUGGUUUAUUGUAGCAAUGCAUGUAAGCUUACAUGAAGUAUGUGGUUUAUUGUGGCGAUGCAUGUAAGCUUACAUGAAGUAUAUGGUUUAUUGUGGCAAUGCAUGUAAGCUUACAUGAAGUAUGUGGUUUAUUGUGGCAAAAGCUUGAGACGUUUAUCUUGUUGACAGCCCUGGCUUGAAUUACAGAACAGUUUGAUGGACUUUCUGAAAUAAUGUGAUAUCUUCUAAAAUUACUAAUAAUACUCUAGUUUUCAGUUUGGCUGUAUGUAUUGCAGUUAUGAUCAUGUAUACCCUGUGAGUAGGAUCAUCCCGUUAGCCAGUAUCAAACCCUCAACCUCUCCUUGUCCUCAGGUGUCAAAUACAACCUAUUGGUCGAGACAGAGCCUUUGACUUAACAGAUCAUGAGGUAUCUUGUAUGAAUCUGUCUCAGUAGGAUUAGGAAGCCAACAUUGGUCUGGAGAAACUUUAAUUGCUGUUUGUCUAUGCCAAGUGAGGUUUACCCGUACAUACCCUACAUUCACGAUGGAUAGUUUACGACCUACAAAGAUUAUGGAAAGUUAGUAGCAAAGAAUAUCACAGGAUUGACAAGAAAUAUUGAAGUUAUUGAUGUUAGAGUAUUAUCUAUUGUACUGCAAGAGUUGUGAAUGUCUUGUAUUUAUGUGUAUAUGUGUACGGAAUGACUCGCUAAUACAUUUUCAAAUGAGUACAGAA